GAUAUGAUGUCACACUUCGUCUUAUCCUGCCUUUUAUCUUUUAUCAACAUUGCACUGUAUUUUGGAGCUAGGAGACCACAAAAUUGGGAUGAUAAUCCACACUCGGCAGAACCUGGUGUCCGUCAUCAUGUUCCUUCAGAAGCUUGCUGUCCUCCUCUGCCUCACCCAUCACGUGGUCCGGGCCCCCCAUGUGAUGUACGACAAGACCAAAUAUAGUGGCAAUGGGGAAACUAGAUAUUUUUGGAGAACAGAAGCCCAGCACACAAUGCAGGAAUCUCUGAAGAAUCAGCCAAUCGUUGGAACGGCCAAAAACGUAAUAAUGUUCUUGGGUGACGGAAUGGGUGUAUCCACCGUGACAGGAGCUCGUAUUCUGAAAGGGCAGCUGCAGAACAAAACAGGGGAAGAAACCGUUUUAGCAUGGGAGAAAUUCCCUAAUGUCGCUCUCUCCAAGACCUACAACCAAGAUCAUCAGACGCCCGACUCGGCGGGGACAGCCACCGCCUAUCUAAGUGGCGUGAAAACUAACAUGGGAACCAUUGGAGUCGACGCCCAAAUCGUGCGAGGUCACUGUGAUACUACUCAGGCCGCAAAGAUCACAUCGAUCUUGGACUGGUCACUCGCAGAAGGAAAGUCUGUUGGUUUCGUAACAACUACGAGGGUGACCCAUGCUACUCCAGCGGGAACUUAUGCCAACACAGCGGAUAGGAAUUGGGAAGGUGAUUCAAGUAUGACGCAUGUGACAGGCGGAUGUGAAGACAUUGCUCUGCAAUUAGUAAAGGAUAAUCCAAACAUCCAGGUAAUUAUGGGAGGUGGAAGAAGAUUCUUUCUCCCAGCGGACGCCACGGAUCCAGAGCGAGGCUUAAACACAGCCUAUGGGAGAAAAGAUGGCAAAAAUCUCAUUGAAGAAUGGAUGAAUGACAAGAAACGAAGACAUAGAACAUUCAAAUAUGUAUGGAAUGAGACAGAUUUCAACAAUGUGGAUCCUGCAAACACAGAUUUCCUCUUGGGUUUGUUUGAAUCAAGCCACAUGAACUAUGAGGUUGACCGAAUGGACCCUCAUUAUGAAACUGCUGGAGAACCACACAUCAGAGAUAUGACCGAAAAAGCCAUCCAAAUCCUCUCCAAGAAUCCAAAAGGAUUUUUCCUCCUCGUAGAAGGUGGGAAAAUUGACAUUGCUCACCAUGGAAGCGAGUCUGUAAAAUCUCUGAAUGACGUGGUGGCGAUGGAAGAGGCAGUUGAAAAGGCUGCAUCCAUGACAAAUGAACAAGACACUCUAAUUGUUGUAACUGCCGAUCAUUCUCAUACGUUUGUCAUCUCUGGAUACCCAAUACGUGGGAAUGGGAUCUUUGAUUUGAUGUCUAGCACACCAAAUAAACUUUACCUUGCCCGGGACCACAAUCCAUACACGACUUUACUGUACGGUAAUGGUCCAGGGGCCCAUUCUCACCGGCAAGAUCUACGUCACGUUGACACAACUGAGAAGCACUACGUUUACCAGUCGGCCGUUCCAUUGUCUUCAGAAACCCACGGGGGAGAAGACGUCGCCAUUUAUGCACGAGGACCAAUGUCCCACCUGUUGCACGGAGUGCAUGAACAGAACUACAUUGCUCAUGUUAUGGCCUAUGCUUCCUGUGUCGGAGACUAUAACGCACCCGCUCACUGCGCAUCUAGUGCUGCUAAACACAGCACAGCAACGACUAAUAUAUUUGGUAGAAAGUAAUGCUUAUGUUAGAGUAUGAACUUCAUUAAACAUAUAAUGCAAAUAA